UUGAAAUUUCGUGGCACAUAUGCGAGACUAUUGCGCCAAUCUGUGAACAUCGUGUUCCCUUGUCUCUGUUCUGUCAUGAGCUUGUAUUAGUCCUUGUAAAUUCUACCAUGUCUUGUACCUCGGAUUCCAGCUCUCCAUCACCAGCAAGUUCCCCAAAUUCCAAUGAUCGCUCAAACCUGAGUCUACUUUCCCUCUCUGUUGCUGCUGCAAGUGCUUCGCCAAUAUCCGUUCCAAAGUCUGUGGACAUAGUUGUCCAACCAUUGCAUGUAUCUGGGACCAACUUUGGUCCCAAGCACCGCCGCCUGUCGUCAACUGGCAAGACCAGAAGGAGACUGAGCGAUGCGCGAGAUGCAGCUACUCGACCUUUACCAGCGUCCCUGCAGAGCACGGCUUUAUCCUCACUUGCCACCCUGUCUCUUUCCUCUUCGCCUCCGAGCAGUAAUAUCCAUCACGGCACUUCCCUGAACGCGGUAUCCCGAAGUGUCCUUGAAGCACAAGUACCUGAUCACAUCACUGUGGUGCAAGGGUCUGAUGCUGCACUACUCGGCGGGAACUUUGACGACAAUGAAUUGUCGGCAUCGCUUCCUACUCAUAGCAGUCUGGGUACGAACGGUGGUAUCGCGAAGAACGGAAAGAAGCGUGGCACAAUAUUUACGUGCGAGAGCUGCUCGAAGGUCUACCGGCAUCCUUCUUGUCUCAUUAAACAUCGGUGGGAACAUACACCCCAGUGGCGCGAAGCCUCCAAGUUUGUACUUAGCAAACAUCAGCAAGUCCAAUUGUUGGAGGCUGCCGCCAUAUUGUCGCAUCUUUCACCCUCGUCUACAACCGGGACAUCACUUCCCGAAGAUCGCUCCCUUUGGCCUACCUUUCUCUCUGGCGGCAUAGUCCCGCCUCCCGCUCCCGGGAGCGCACACGAAGGAUCUAACAAUUCGUCUCCUUCGAAACCAAUAUCCAGCUCUGUUCCGGCAACCUCCGCCCUCAGCAGCUCGGGCCGCGCAGGCUCAACCGGACCACGUCUACACGACUACUCCAUUCCCCAAGCCACCGGCCCAGGUGGCAUCACACAACUGCGUCCAGGCCUCCUGGGCGUACCUACCACCCCGAACUCGCGUGCGCCAAGCUCCCCAGUGCCAGUCCCUGCCGCUCCUACAGAUGCCGACGCAAGGAACCUGCUGGCUCUUGGCUCUGUUAGCGUGCACUCAGAGUCUUGGGGCUCGCCGACCUCAUCCUCGUUUUACGGCGUUUCGUCAUUCCCGUCCGCCUCUGCAUCCCUUUCACGUUCGGGAUGGUCCCACCCGCGCUCGUCUGUGCGUUCGAUGUCUGCUUCUUCUCAUUCAAGCGACGACGGCGAGCUUGCCGAAGUUGAUGAUAUCGCAUCUGCGAAUAUGCACAUCCACGGGCGGGUGAGCGGCACACGGUUCAGGUGGAAAUCGGAGGAAGAGGAUGCUGUAUUAUCAUUCAGCGUGCCUGAAGAGGUUGAGGAGGAGGGUAUUGACCCGGGCAUGGUGAAGAAGAAGUCUCAAGAACAAUGGGAUGGUAUGGAAAUGGACAUGGAGAUGGAUUGAUUCCCUCCUGGUAUAGGCUCGCAAGAAGCAAGCCCUCGAUCGACCGCGCGCAUCAAACAAACACGCAAACGAAGUAUUUUAUUUUCUCAGCCUGGUUUCUCACAACGACAACAGAUGUCCACUCAUCGUGUACUUAUUGAACACACCGCAUACCUCACGCUCACCUUUCUGGCAUUGGGCUGUUUCAUCUUUCCUGUUGCCUGUUGUGUUGUUGUCAUCGUCGCUGUCUCAUACUUCUGAAAUUGCGCCACUCGAUCUUUUCGUUUUCGUUUUGUGACAUAUUAGUGAGGCAUCUCUCCGGACUUUUUAUUUCUUUGGUGUAUGUAUAGUUAUUGAAUGUAACACAAUGUGGAAUGAAAUGUGGAAUAUUAUUAU